AUGAUCAUCAAGGAUGAGAUGCCACUGUACAGUACGGAGAAAGAAGGAAUGAAAAAAUUCUUGAACCUCGUUGCUCCUCAUUACAAUGCACCAGGGAAGAACGCCAUCACUCAUUUCAUGGAGAUAAAAUACUCAGCUUUGAGAGAAAUUAUCAAGAACAAAUUGAAAAAAGCUGUCAGUUUGACAAUUACCACCGAUAUUUGGACAGAAACAAAGACGAACCGAGGAUUUCUCGGAUGUACGGUACACUAUUGGAAUGGGGAGAAGUCUGUAACCUAUAAUAUUGACACAAUGCUGUUGACGAAGAGGAGAACCGCCGAUUAUAUCUCGGAGAAAUUCGAUUCAUUCCUGAGAACCUGGGGGAUUGAGAAAGAGAGAGUCACGGCAGUCGUCACUGAUGGCGGGGCGAACAUGAAAAAGGCAGUGAAGGAGACUUUUGGAGCACGUAAGCACAUGGAGUGCUUCCCUCACAAACUCAAUUUAUGCAUCAAUAAUGUGAUACACAAGAAAGAGAAAGACAGUAAUCUUGAGGGAGAAGAGGCGAUUGAGGGAGAAGACAAUUUUGCUGGAGACAUCAUUGAGGACCCCAACGUGACAGAAGUGAAGAAUAACAUAAAAAAAUUGGUUGACAAAGUCAAGACCAUUGUCACGUUUUUCAAACAAUCAACUUCUGCAAGCGAUGCCUUACAUGAAGCACAGUUUGACAAAAACUUCGAUUAUCGACUUAUCCAGGAAGUUUGUACACGUUGGAAUUCAACGUGUGCAAUGUUGAAUCGUUUCGUCAUGUUAGUCGAUAAGAUCAGUUCUGUGCUACUGAGGAUUCGUAAGGCACCAGAGAUGUUAACUCGCGGAGAACUUGCAUAA